GCUGAAAGCGUCGACAGUCCUCUCGGAUUCUCUUGCAGUUCUCUCGAUUGUGAGGGUGGAGUAGACUCGACUCAGCUGCUCUAGUUCAGUGGCAAGUGACAUUGUGUACCUCGCUCGCUGGGUUGGUAGGCGCUGAAUAUCAGUUCUUAAUAGAUUCUGGGCACAGGUUGUGUUUAUCGAUAGACCCACUGUGGAUUUUUCCACAGUCUGCUUGCAAUGGCAUCCCUUCGUAGUUACGGGUACGUGUUGUUGUUCGGCCUGGUGGCUGCUUGUUUGGUCGCGGCAUCUGGAGCAAAUGACGCAGAUGAUAUUGAUUUCGAUACUUGGAUGGGGAUGAUGAAAUCGAACAUUGAAAAAGGCGAAAACGAAGUUCCAGAUCAGGAGGCGCUUGAUGUAGCUGACGACGCAGUGGGUAGUCAAGCAUCCGGCAAGAGCCGCGUCAUCGUCGUGGACAAGUCUGGGAAAGGUGAUUUCAGGAAGAUUCAACAGGCUAUCGAUGCGGUGCCAGUGGGAAACAAGAAGCGCUUCGUCAUUCAAAUCAAGAACGGUGUCUACAGGGAAAAGUUGCUGGUUCCCAAGACCAAAGCCAACAUUCACUUCAAAUGCUCUGGAAGGAGGACGAUCUUGGUCUGGGGCGACACCGCCGAGAUGGCCGGGGGAACGUCAAAGAGUGCUUCCACCGCUGUUGAGUCCGAUAACUUUCUGGCUACGGACUGCACAUUCGUCAACUCAGCACCCGCACCCCCAGGUGGUGCUGUAGGGAAGCAGGCCGUGGCUCUGCGAGUGCAGGGUGACAAAGCGGCGUUCUACCGAUGCUACUUCUACGGAGCCCAGGACACCUUGUACGCCAAGGAGGGGCGUCAGUACUACCGCAACUGCUAUAUUCAGGGUUCUAUUGACUGGAUCUUCGGAAAUGCGCGAGCACUGUUCCACAAGUGCCAUAUCAAUUCUAUAGCGUUCAAAAAUAGUGGGUCGAUUACGGCGCAGAAGAGAGAGAGCAACAAGGAAGCGACCGGGUUCUCAUUUGUUGGGUGCAAAAUCACAGGAUCAGGUACCAUCUACUUGGGACGCGCUUGGGGCACACACUCUCGCGUCGUCUUCAUCAGGUGCUACAUGCAGAAUAUGAUUCUGCCCAUCGGAUGGCAAGACUGGAACGAUCCCGCCAGGCAUAAGACGGUAUACUACGGCGAGUACCUGUGCUCCGGACCAGGUGCUAACAGGAAGGGUCGCGCGAAAUGGUCGAGGGCUUUGACGAAGAAGGAAGCUGAGCCAUUUUCCACUGUUAAGUUUAUCAAUGGAAAGAAUUGGCUUGGAUGGUAGAUUUUAUCUGUCUACGCUGUAUGUAAGUGUGGAUAAUAUUGAUAGAGGCGUCAGAAUUGCCUGAGACUUGGCAUAGCGUACCGUACUGGAUCAGGAAGCGAGUAGUAUUAUUUGAUUUCAGCAGUGACUCUUAGCGAAGACGAGCUAGAAAGGGUUUCUAUCAGCCCCAUGAGCACGCCGGGAUAUCGAUUGGUGCCGUGUCCUUCAUUCUUUUGAGAACGAUUCUUUUGUAAUUGAAUUGAAUAAUUGAUUUAUGUGGAAAAUACAUCUAGCUCACGUCGGAGUUCUACUCA